CCUUUCGAUAUUCUUCUUCCUCUUCAUUCUGCCCAUCGAGCGCAUCGCCGCGCACGAGACGGACGCGCAUCCACGACCGGCAGGCGGCGGCAUAUCUGCUCGCGAACAGCUCAAGCGACGCGGCUCGUUCUAGCUGGGAAACACUAUGGUGACAUGGUCACACAUAAUGGGCUGAUGCGCAUAUUCUGGCCCUCUGAUGCGCCAAAGGGGCAUUCUCCCGGCGUAAUCGUGGGCUUUCGUAAUUCCGAGCUCGAUGUGUUCGUGGUAGCCAUCCUGCAGGAGGUCGAGGUGCGCAAUGUCGAGAAUGCGCUGCUAGUAGGAACACUGCUGCGACACACUCCUCACAAUGCCCAGGAACUGCUCAAGCGAUGCGGCCAUUCGUCGCUGCGCGUUCUAGGGUGCCUCAACCCACAGAGCCCUUCGCACUCCUUCGAUCCGCACCUCCUCGCCAUGUAUACCGAUACCGCCACCUGCUUUCCACGUCUGGACUGCCCAGCCGACACACAUCUGACGGUGCAGGUCAUUGUGUACGAUCGACCGCACCCGACGCGCAUGCAAUAUCUCUCGCUCACUCCCAUGUCGCUUGCUCUGGGUGACAAAGCAGACGGCCGGAAAUGGGACUCGGCCUUCGCAGACGCCGAGGAAGAGGAGGAGGAACGGAAAAAGAAGGAGAUGCUUGUGGAAAAGCUCAAGUUGCACACCGUCAUGUCGCAUCCGUCUACACACAAGGAGCUGUCCCUGCCCAUGAUCGUUCACCAAAUCAAUUGCUCGUUUGAGCUCAACGCUUUGCUGCAAAAGAACAUUGGCCUGAUCGGAAGGCGAAUGAAGCGGGCGCUGAGUGUGAGCGAACGAGUGGUCGAAUCUGCCAACGAUCUCUGGGACUACGUCUACAUCAUCCUCUGCUACUUCUGGACGACUUGGCUGUACCCGGUAGCAGCCCGGCUGUUCAUAUUUGGCUUGAUGGCUCAUCGUAUCGCUGGUGAGGUGAUUCUACGCAUCUUGGAUUGGAGGCCGGGGUCACCGGACGCUCCUGCGUUGAAAGAUAUAUCCGCCACAGCACAACAAGUCGACAUCCGGCUGCAGCAGUUUUGCUACUGGCCAGUUCAAUACAUGACGUUGCGCAAGCGGAAAGGAAACUGGGAAAGCGUCACCAAUAACCACCCCGAGUACAUUCGCUUCUACAACAGCCUAUGGCUAGUAGCGAACGACGUUAUCAUUGGCAUUGCUCUGGGUUCGUACAUCAUUGAGAACUCUCGCUUUUUAGCGUCCCAAAUCGACGUUAUCCUCAACGCGUGGUCUGUCGAAGGGCUGAGGCGGAUGAUCUCGUGGCUUAUGGAGUGGCCCGGUGGCUUGAAACUCAACUCGGAGCUAGCUGACUUUAUGGGAGAUCUCUUUCUUUGGGUCAUUGACCACUGGGCAGGCUGUAUGGCGAUUCUCCGUCCGCAUCUACCCGGUAUCGUCCAUUUCAUUGGCUUUUCCGCCUUCGCCGGUGCCACGAUGCCCAUCUCCCUCUUCUCCGAUCUUGUUUCACUGCUCACCUUGCACAUCUACUCAUUUUACAUUGCAUCUGCUCGCAUCUUCCAUUGGCAGCUCACUAUCAUCAUUUCGCUGUUCCACCUUUUCCGCGGACGAAAGCGAAAUGUUUUGCGCAAUCGGAUCGACUCGUGCGACUACGACUUAGAUCAGCUCCUUCUGGGCACUAUUCUUUUCACUCUGCUGUUCUUUCUGUUGCCGACAGUCUUUGUGUUCUACCUGACAUUCGCCACGGCCCGCGUUGCAGUCAUCGGUCUAAAGGCCGGGCUAGAGAUUGGCCUGGCAUGUUUAAACCACUUUCCACUCUUCGCAGUCAUGCUUCGGAUUAAGGACUCGCGACGACUGCCCGGUGGUAUAUGCUUUGAGCUGCAAGAUAUGAACGCUUUGGCUUUCCCCGUCCAGGAUGCAGCGUUGUCAGCACCGACGUCUUAUGUUCUCCUCAAGUCGAUACCCCUCCCGCUUCGCGCAAUGUUUCAGUCCUACUUCGAGCUUGGGAACCGGAUACGCAAACAUUACCUCUCGCCCAGCGUCUUUCUCUGCCUCGGCUCAGGCCAGUUCGUUCCACCAAUACAUCGACGGAACCUGUACAGUUUGCAGUAUAGCAUGUUGCCGGCGAAAAGAGCAGGGAUCGGAGAGUUGUGGAAAAGACUGAACGAGAAUGAGCCUUCGCCGGCCAAUGCGGCGAACGGAUACCCCUUCCUACCGACCAGACGGGGUUUGCCUAACGGUACUCCAAGGAGAGGAAGCAGGUAGCAUAAAACACAUUCAUCCCAAUCACUUGCCUGUCAAUGUUUGUAUCAUUGCAUGAGCCACGCAUAUUUGCCCCUCCGAAGACCCUAGUGCGUUGCCGGAUCGUGUA